AUGCGGUGGGAGAGCGGGGGAGGGGUCGAGGGCGUCAUUCCAAUCCUGAGUCCAGCGGCGCGUAACAUCCGCCGACUCACCACUUCCCAACAAAAAAACGCAAUGUCAGCACGUCAGAACCAACCGGCAUCCAAUCCUCAUGUCAAGAUAUCAACCUCUCAUGGCGUCCAGAGUGUCUCGGGAUUGGACGAGGAGAUGAAGAUCACCAUGCUUGGCGCCGGUCAAGAGGUCGGUCGAAGUUGUUGCGUGAUCGAGUACAAAUCCACGACGGUCGUUUGUGAUACUGGUAUUCACCCAGCCUUUAGCGGAAUGGCAGCCCUCCCUUUCAUCGAUGAGAUUGACUGGAGCUCGGUAGACGCAAUCCUAAUCACACAUUUUCAUCUCGAUCAUGCCGCAUCAUUAACUUACAUUAUGGAAAACACGAACUUCAAGGAAGGACACGGCAAGGUGUUCAUGACCCACCCCACAAAAGCUGUCUACAGGUUUUUGAUGCAAGAUUUUGUGAGGAUGAGUACAAUCGGCACGGAUAGUGAACUAUUCAAUGAAGAACAGAUGAUCACCUCUUAUGAUUCGAUCAAUGCUAUUGACUAUCACCAAGAAAUUUCCCUCGGAUCCCUAAGAUUUACCUCGUAUCCAGCGGGGCACGUACUCGGCGCAGCGAUGUUCUUAAUUGAAAUUAGCGGGAUUAGGGUUUUAUAUACCGGGGACUACUCCACUGAAGAAGAUCGUCAUCUCAUUCCUGCACGGGUCCCAAAUUGGAAUGACAAGCCCGAUGUUAUGAUCUGUGAAUCGACCUAUGGGGUGCAGAGCCUUGAACCCAGAUUCGAGAAAGAAGAAAGAUUUACAACGCUGGUUCAAAGUAUUCUCAAGCGAGGCGGUCGAGUGUUGAUGCCGGUCUUUGCGCUGGGAAGGGCUCAAGAGCUCCUUCUGAUUCUAGACGAGCACUGGGCCAACCAUCCCGAAUUAAACCAAAUUCCGAUAUACUACAUUUCCAAUCUGGCCGCAAAAUGUAUGAAGGUUUACCAAACGUUUAUCCAUGGAAUGAAUGAUCAUAUCAAGCGCAAGUUCAAUCAAGGCAUCAAUCCCUGGACAUUCUAUCGCGAAGGGAAAGGUGUCUUCAAAAAGGGCUAUGUUACCAACUUGAAAGCCAUUGACAAAUUUGAUGACCGCGGGCCGUGUGUCGUUAUGGCAAGCCCAGGAUUCAUGCAAAGUGGUGUAAGUAGAGAACUCUUGGAACGAUGGGCGCCAGAUCGUCGAAAUGCCCUAUUAGUGACAGGAUACUCGAUUGAAGGGACCAUGGCACGAGAGAUGCUCAAAGAGCCCAAUGAAAUAAUAGGAAUGAAAGGAAACAAAAUUCCUCGUCGACUCGAUGUUCAUUACAUUUCAUUCUCGGCCCACGUGGAUUACACCCAAAACGCUGCAUUCAUUGAUUCAAUCAUGCCCAGCCACCUGGUUCUCGUUCACGGAGAAUUGAACAAUAUGACUCGGUUGAAGAACGCUCUGAAAGACAAGUACACUUUGAAGAAGAGUGACAUCCAAAUCCAUACACCACGGAAUGUGGAAACCCUUCGGUUAACAUUCCAAGCCUCAAGGAUUGCACGGGCCAUUGGCUCAUUGGCCGAGGAAACCACCCCUUCGGCCGGCUCGAGCCUCUCUGGGAUCUUAGUUUCCAAAGAUGCCGCGUACACUUUGCUUUCACCUGCCGAUCUGAGGGAAUAUACCGGACUCUCGACUAGCACGAUUCUCCAAAAGCAGAAACUCAUAAUUAACGUCGGAUGGGAAACCGUUCGGUGGCACUUGAAUGGAAUGUACGGUGGUAUAAUCGAGGGACUCGAUGCUGAGGGCGUCUUGACGUUUCGGGUCUUGGAAACCGUCGACAUCAAACAAGUCACGGUCAACCAGAUGUCGCUCGAAUGGGUCGGAAGCAUAGAUAACGACAUGAUUGCGGAUUCGGUCUUAGCUCUCCUGCUGGGUAUAGAUCAAAGUCCAGCAUCCAUCAAACUGUCAGCGCCCCACCAUCACUCACAUGAUCACGAGUCAAACUCACAUCCAGAAGACAAAAAGCAAGAUAUCAAACCAAUGUCUUCUAUCCAAGAUGAGCAGGACGGUGAAGCUCACUCUCUACUGGCGAAAAUUGAUCGCCUUAUCGGAUUUCUUAGCGUCUAUUUUGGAGAUGUCAAGCUCCUAGAAGCCGAUGAGGAUCAUUCACACCCCAGGGCCGUAGUUCAUUUGGAUGAAGUUCGAGCUGAAAUAUCUUUGGAUGACUUUGCGGUCCAAUCGGAUUCAGAGAGUUUUAAAGCACGAGUCAGCAGUGUUGUGGAUAUGGUGCUCGAGAUUGCAGCACCCUUGAAUGAAAUCUUGUCCGAUAGUCAUCAUUACCAUCAUCAUCCGAAAUCUUCGACUAACAUCGAAAAAGAUGAGGUCUGCUCAUCAUAG